AUGAGUGAUAUUUCAGAAACUGAAUCUAUUGAUUCUUCAAUCUCAACACCAUCUACAAGAUCAAACGAAAUGAAAGCGACUAACGAAGCAAAUCAAAUUCAUUAUCAUUAUCAUUUUCAUUAUUAUUCUAACCCACCUCCAACACCUCCAAGACACCAUCAUUUUAAUCCUCGUGAUUAUCAUAGAAGUGAAGAAGUUCCGUUUACUUUUCCACAUCCUAGAGAAUAUAAAAGACAUUAUCAUAAAAGAAGACCACAAGCUAAUGAAGAGUAUGUUUUUGUUGAAGAAGCGGAAGAAGAAGUUGAGGAAUUUGCUAGACCAAAAGAAUCAAGAGGUAGACAUUGUCAUGGAAGAAGAAGAAUUUGA